CCCAGUCCUAGGGCGGGGCCUAACAGUAGGCUGGGUCGGCUUGAAAGUGGGGCUUCCAGGAACGCUCUCCGGAAGCGCCGCAUUGCUGCCCCGGGAGAGGCGUUCCAGUCGUUGCCGCUGCCGCCGCCUUCCCAGCCUGUGCCGCGUCAGUCAUGCCGAAGCACGAGUUUUCCGUGGAUAUGAGCUGUGAAGGAUGUGCUGAAGCCGUCUCCCGAGUCCUCAACAAGCUGGGAGGAGUGCAGUUCAACAUUGACUUGCCCAACAAGAAGGUCUGCAUUGAGUCUGAGCACAACCCGGACACCCUGCUGGCAACCCUCAACAAAACAGGGAAAACCGUCUCCUACCUUGGCCCCAAGUAGCCAGGACCUGGCUGUUGAUCUGGUCUCCUGGCAGAUUUGGAACACCAACUUCUGUCCAGCUCAGCCAUGCCCAGACAGACUCUCCCUUGCGGGCUCCCUGCCAGCUUCCUUGCAAUAAAGUCAAGCUGCAUUUGUUGAA